GGUGGAGUGGCUUUUUCACAGCGAAGGAGGGAGGGACCGAAAGUUUAAGACAAUACGCUAUAACUGUUUGAGCUGUGGACUGGUGCUGUACAGAUCAUUACGCAUUUUGCACUUCGUCGUGUUCUUCGCACAUUUUUGUCGCAAAUCGGAUAAAUAAGACUUUAAAGCACCAUGGCUGUGGAGGGUGGAAUGAAGUGUGUGAAGUUCCUGCUUUUUUUCUUUAACUUUAUCUUCUGGCUGUGUGGCCUGGCUCUGAUUGUACUCGGCGUUUUGGUGCAAAUGACUCUUCACAAGACGCCCGUGAUCAAAGAUGCAGCCGGUUCUGCAGCCCCACUCGUGCUCAUCGUUAUUGGGGUCAUCAUCUUCUUCAUCGCCUUCUUCGGUUGCUGUGGAGCCUGGAAGGAGAACUACUGCAUGGUCACCAUGUUCGCCAUCUUGCUGUCCAUCAUAAUCAUCGCUGAAAUUGCAACAGCCAUUGCUGCUUAUGUCUUCAGAGACAAGCUGACAGGCCUGGUGGAUGAUGGUCUUAAGGACAUGAUCGAACACUACAAUAAUACAGAAUACAAGAAAAGUCUGGACCGAUUUCAGAAAGAGCUGAAAUGCUGUGGAGCAGCGAACGCUACUGACUGGGUGCAUUACCAACCGGAUGGCAUCUCUGUCCCAGACUCCUGCUGCAAAAACAUCACUUUGAACUGUGGAUUGAAAGCCAUGAAUGACGCCAACAAAAUCUAUACAAACGGUUGUCAGUCUGCUGUUGAGAACUUCCUGAAGGCCAACACUCUGUGGAUUGCAGUAGCAGCUCUGGUCAUUGCAUUCAUAGAGAUACUAGGCCUUGUGUUUGCCUGUACACUGAUGAGAGGCAUUCGCAGCGGCUACGAGGUGAUGUGAUCACAUCCUACAGGACUUUUAAAAUAUACAUCAGUUUCAGACUCAAGGGGCUUGAAGACUCAUUAUUUUGUAAAUGCCUGUCCUUGUUUUGUUUGUUUAGCUAAAGUUAAAUUUUUAUAACUGUCUCACUGCAGACAGAAAAUGUGCCUAAUUGCUGAUAGCGAGCAGAUUGAUAUCAGUCUAUAUUUUUAAUCAUAGAAGACAGAAAAGGGUAGAGGUAAAGUACUAUCACUGUUUGUUUCUUUCAAUUCUUGUGUAUUUGUCUUUGUUUAGUUCCCUUCGUAAACAUCUUCUUUUAGAGAGCUGAUUAUGACUUUUAUACUUCGAUCUAAACUCCCAGGCCUCACAUAAAUGAAAAAGCACAUUUAUACUCUUAACAUUACAGGUGGUUCAAAUGUUCAAAUGCUUAAUGUAUUCUGGAAAGAAAUAAACUUUUGCGGUUUUCUCUCAA